UGAGCGCGGGUCAGGGGCUGGGGAGGCUCAGACAGUAGCACGUGAUCCGAUCCGCCCCGGCGCCGAGCCCCCACUGUACAAAAUGAGCAGCAAGAUGCUACUAGACACAGAGACAAGGAAAGCCAGCAUCCUAGCCUCGCUCCAGGCUCUGGGGAAAGAUUCUGCAAAUGGGAGAAACAGGAGGAAUCACAGAAGAAAGCUAAUCUCUGGUCCAAGUCCUGCUGUGUGUAGCUGCCUUCCCCCUGAGAAACUUCUGCAUGGGUCCAGAUUCACUGAUGGAAUCCUCCAAAGGGGAAAUCUCACAGGAUCACUGGCUCUGGAAAGGGUGAAACUGACAAAAGCAAAGCUGGGGAAAAAGUUCAGAAUUCCUAAAGGCAAAGGAGACAGCAGAUGCACACUUUCCCAGUCUCUGCAGCACAUCAUGUCCUCUGCCCAAGAAGACGAGGCAUGCUUUAAGCCAAAUCUUCUGUUAAGAUUUCAGAAAGCUGCUAAAAGCAUUGUUAUGCUUUGCUUACUUUACAGAGAGCACCAUUUACUAGCCAACCUCAACUAUGAGAUUGAGAGAGUCAAGAGAUGGAAAUCCCAAUCAAACCACAUGGAACAGUCUAAGGAAGAUAUCCUCUUUGAUGUGACACUAUUCAGGGCUAUAAAACAGUCAAGGAUUUCUGAGCGUGCCAUACAUAUUCUUCGUCAGUGUCCUCAGAAGCGAAGUGAGAAGGACAUCAGCUACAUACUCAUCACUCUGCAGUCUGUGAAGGCCUUUGGAAAUUACUCCACAAUGAUUCAGAAGAAGGUGGCAAAGGCUGCAUGGUAUUCAAGGGAAUCUGUCCUUUGUAGGUAUGAAUCCUGCCAAGUGAUGAUCCAACAGGGCUACACACCACACUCCUUCUAUAUCUGUCUUUCAGGAUCUGCAACAGUUAUCAAGAGGAACAGUGGCAGUGGCCAAGUAAAGCCUUCCUGGCUCUUUAGUCGAGGGGAUGCAUUUGGGGAUAGAGAGAUUAUAAAUGAUGACUACUGGCAGACAACAGUUAUUAUUCAGGAACCAGCUGAGUUUCUCUGUAUUGACCGAGAGGAUUUCAUCAAGAUUUUCCUGUCCGGUGGGAAAAACAUGUUUGGAGAUCCUGAGCAGAUGCAAUUUCUGAGAAGUCUGCACUGUUUUAAAGGUUGGCCCAUCAAUCUGCUGGAAGACAAUCCUGGAAAAUGCAUUGUCUGUCACUACAGAAGAGGAACUGUCAUUCUGAGAAACAGUAAUGUGACUGAAUGGAUUUACAUUGUGAAAGAAGGAAGUUGUUCUGUACUGAAGAUUUUUGAAGAUGACUCUUGCCUAAGCAACAGAGCUCCCGCCAACAGAAUAAUGCAAGCUGAAGCUGGCAUUCACCAAGCUUUGUUGACAAGCAGGACAGACACUCCUGUGAUCAUUGCCAUAGACACCUUGCUGCAGGGAUCUGUGUUUGGACUGUUAGACUUUCUUUUUGAGGAUCAGCCAAAUUUGUGUGUAGUUAGCAAUGGAGCUGAGUGUCUUAAAGUCUCAAAGAAGUUUUACCUGCAUCAUGCCUCCAAAGAUUUUCUGCAGAGGCUGCGAAAAAAAGAACAUUCCUAUCCCAGUGAGGCAGAGCUAAAGGAACAGCUGCAGCAGGAGAUACAAUGGCAGAUUUUUCGCAAAGCAGCUUUAAAGAGCACAGUUCAACAGAUUGAAUUGAAACGCAAACUGCUUCAACAUUCCUAUAUGAGUAAAAGGCUUUACACAUGGUGUAAGAACUGACGUGUGCACAAAUUUGUCAAUGGAGCUAUAAGAUACCAGUCAGUACCCACUAAAGCAGCUAAAAGGUCCAUCUCCAGACCCCAAAAUCUUGUGAAAGAUGGUGGUGUUGAAUCAGGCCUGUAGUUUCUUUGUUUUUAGGGUAGACUACAAUGGUGAAAACUUUCAGGGAACUCUCUUUCCCUGUAUUUCUUAAAUCAUUAAAAACACUCUUUCCUACAUGUUAA